AAAGUAAAGAAGCAUUUUGAGUGCUAAAUUUAAUUUCUUCAAAUAAUUGUUUUUCUCUUAUUUAGUUUGAAGAAUGGAGGUCAAGAGCAACCACAACAUCAAUGGGAGCACCACCAAUAUUGUACUGAAAAAUGGCAGCAUUUGCAAUGGCAAUGUCAAUGGAAACUCCCACUCCCAUGAGAAUGAAAAUAAGCUUGUAGAGUGCACUAACUCUAUCAAGCCUGGUUGGUUUUCUGAGUUUAGUGCACUUUGGCCAGGUGAAGCAUUUUCACUUAAAAUUGAAAAGUUACUAUUUCAAGGGAAGUCUGACUAUCAAGACGUCAUGCUUUUUGAGUCAGCAACAUAUGGGAAGGUGCUAACUUUGGAUGGGGCAAUUCAACACACAGAAAAUGGUGGAUUUCCAUACACUGAGAUGAUUGUUCAUCUCCCCCUUGGUUCCAUUCCAUGCCCAAAGAAGGUUUUAAUCAUCGGUGGAGGGAUUGGUUUCACAUUGUUUGAGGUCUCUCGUUACCCAACUAUCGAAAAAAUAGACAUAGUUGAGAUCGAUGACGUGGUUGUAGAUGUGUCUAGAAAGUUUUUUCCAUACCUAGCAGCAGGAUUUGAUGAUCCCAGAGUGACCCUUGUUAUGGGAGAUGGAGCUGCAUUCGUGAAAGCUGCUCAACCUGGAUACUAUGAUGCCAUUAUUGUGGACUCUUCUGAUCCUAUUGGUCCAGCAAAAGACUUGUUUGAAAGGCCAUUUUUCGAGGCAGUAGCCAAAGCCCUAAGGCCGGGAGGAGUAGUGUGUACCCAAGCAGAAAGCAUAUGGCUUCACAUGCAUAUUAUUAAGCAAAUUAUUGCAAAUUGUCGACAAGUGUUUAAGGGUUCUGUUAAUUAUGCAUGGACUACAGUUCCUACUUACCCUACUGGUGUAAUUGGUUACAUGCUUUGCUCUACGGAGGGACCAGAGGUUAAUUUCAAGAAUCCAGUGAACUCUAUUGACAAAGAUACCAGCCAUGUCAAAUCUAACGGACCAUUGAAGUUCUACAACUCCGAUAUCCAUAAGGCAGCUUUUAUUUUGCCAUCUUUUGCGAGGGAUUUGAUUGAGUCUUGAUCAAACAAGUGAUGAUGAUUUUAUGCUAUAUUGUACCAAGAUUGGUUGUGUACGGGGGAAACUGUUGAGAUGUUUGUAACAUAAUUUGUAUGUUUGGUAGAUAUGUGGACGAUGAAAUAAAGAAGCUUAUGUCUAUGUAAUUUACUUAAAAUUUAUAAUCAAAUAAAACUGAGGAAUAAUCAUCUGCCAGAAGUGUAACACUGUACAAGAACUAUUGUUGCUCAUAAUUACUGCUUAUGAGUUCGUGGUUAUAUAAAAUCAUAUAAUAUCUUGCAUUAGAGUGUUGCA